CAGUGACGCUGGCGCCGCCGCCGCACCGUGUUCCAUUCUCUAAAGCCGGCGAUUACCUUGGCCGCCUCCCUCCCUCCCUUCCUCCCGCUCGCCUCCUCCUCCCGCAGCGCCGGCCAGCGCGAACCAGACAAGGGCACGCGGGGCCUCGCCUGGAACCGAGAGGGCUGCGGGCACGCGCAGAAACAGAGCGGACCUGGCGGCACGGAAGCUGCGAGCGCCCCCCUCCCGAAGGUCUCCGCACCGCUACCGGGUGAGUUGUCACCAAGGCUGGGGCCGGCGGGCCGGCAUUGUGUCACUAGCGCAUCCAGCCGGCUGUCAGGGCGCGGGGUCGGUGCACCCCGCUGGAGGGACGCCGGCCUGAGGCACCCGCCGUCUGCAGCGCCCCCGGGAGCCCCGUGCUGGAGUAGCUCGGUCCGGCGGGACUGCGAGGUGGCGGGGUGGCGGUGCCGGCGGUAACUGGGGAGAACCGGACGGCUGGCUGGCGGCGGGGGACUUGGGGACCUGCUCGCUGUGCCGAGCCAGGAGGCCAGCACCCUGCCGGGGCCGUGCGGAGGAGGGGCAGGCAGAGGCGCUUUGUCACUGUCGUUUCCCUCCAGCCGAGUGAAGCUGCGGGUCCUGCACUGGGCAGGGCUGGCUGAGCGGAGGUGGAUUUCCUGAGCAAAUCCUGCAGCGUCCGUGCGGGUGCCAGAGCCUACGGGAGCUCCCGCGCCCGGUCUGCUCUUGCGUCUCAAAACUUUUCUUAUUAUCUGAGCUGAAACUCAUCGAAGCCACUUCCUGGUUAGUUGAACUUGUUCUGAGUCCAAGUAGCAAAGGCAGAGCCUGACUCUGGUAUAGCAGCUCUGUGUCUCUCUGUUGGAGCCUGUAAGGCCAGUGAUAGGACAGAGCAGAUAGUCUGAAAGCUCUGCUGUGCCUGAUGGACGUCCAGGUGAUACCCAGGUGAGUCUAACCCUGCCUGGCUGGAAUUCUUCUGGACUUUAAAUUUUUUCUUUUUUAAAAAACUUGGACGGAUAAAAGAUGUGCCAUGGCAGGAUAGCACCAAAGAGCAGCUCAGCAUUUGCCGUGGUCUCUGUGGGACAUGGAGUGUUCCUUCCACUGGUGAUCCUUAGCACCCUGCUUGGAGACGGACUUGCCUCUGAAGCUGCCAGACUUCUGGAUUCCUCGGCACCUAUCCCAGUGUGUCCCCUGCCUCCGGAGCCAGAGAAUGGUGGCUACAUCUGCCACCCCCGGCCCUGCAGAGACCCCCUGACAGCGGGCAGUGUCAUCGAGUACCUGUGUGCAGAAGGCUACAUGUUGAAGGGUGACUACAAAUACCUGACCUGUAAGAAUGGCGAGUGGAAGCCAGCUAUGGAGAUUAGCUGCCGUCUCAACGAGGACAAAGAAACCCACACAUCACUCGGGGUCCCUGCACUAUCCAUAGUGGCUUCCACUGCCAGCUCCGUGGCGCUCAUUCUCCUCCUCGUGGUGCUGUUUGUGCUGCUGCAGCCAAAGCUGAAGUCUUUCCACCACAGCAGGCGUGACCAGGGGGUAUCUGGGGACCAGGUCUCCAUCAUGGUGGAUGGCGUCCAGGUUGCACUACCUUCAUACGAGGAGGCUGUGUAUGGCAGUUCCGGUCACUGCAUGCCGCCUGCUGACCCUAGAGUGCAGAUUGUGCUGUCAGAAGGGUCUGGUUCCAGUGGGAGGAGCCUGCCGAGGGAGCAGCAGCCACAGGGCCAGGGAGCCUGCUCUUCUACCAGUGGAGAGGAUGAGGCCCCUGGCCAGUCAGGACUGUGUGAAGCCUGGGGCUCCCGGGGCUCAGAAACUGUGAUGGUGCAUCAAGCAACCACCUCUUCCUGGGUGGCCGGCUCAGGGAACAGCCGACUGGUACAUAAAGACACCACAGACUCAGAGAACAGUGACAUACAAAGUCUUUUAUCCCUCACAUCGGAGGAGUACACAGAUGAUAUCCCACUAUUGAAAGAAGCAUGAGGGCUACUGCCAGCCUCUCUCCUCUCUGCGAGGAUCCUGUCUGCCCUUCCUCCCUCCCUUUGGGUUGGAGCACCCUGUCCUCUUCAGCCAUCCCACCUGGAUACCUGAGCUGCCACUUGUGUAUCUGUGUGUCUCUGAAGGCCUGCAGGCCGCCUUGCUGGAAACUCAAGGAAGAUUCUCGCCAUCUGCCUGCUAGACAGCUGGAGGAGCUGGCUCUUUGCCUGGCCCAGCCUUCCCAUCUGUCAGAGACAUAUUUGAAUGUGCUGGAUUGAGCCCUUUCUUUCCCUGAGCCUCUGGGUCCCUUCCAGCCAGCUCUCUAGCAGCAGCCCUCAUAGCUGUAUGGGCCUGAGUGCUGCUGUGUUUACUUGUGCCUUCCCCUACCCUGUCCAGUUUCCCUGUCAUGCAGGUGUGUUGCUGUCCAAAAGCCUUAGUGGCUGCUACCACCUGCAUACAGGCUGGGCUAGGGGCUGGCAUUGCUGCCCCUUGCAGGAGCAAAUACAAGAGUGAGCUCUUGAGGCAAGAGUGGCUCUCACUGGAGCAAGAGUGUGGGUCCUUGGGCUUGCCCUGUGUUGAUAUGGUGGCAUGAUUCCUUGACUAAGAAUGGAGGAUUUGGAAAAUCAUGCCAAAGCCAUCCCAACAUCCAACUUUAAAGCUCAGGUGCAGGCUCCUGGCCCUGUUGAGAAUUUCCAAGAAGCAUCCAGAAGAUCCCAAGGGAGGGAAGGAAGGUGGCUGAUAAUGAUUGUCUUCCUAAUACGCAAGUUCUCACUUCCUGCUUCCAGCAUUGGCCACCUUGGCCUCAGUUUUUCUGUUCCCUGGAUAAAGGGGAGUUGCAUGCUGCCUCAUAGGCUUUGUCCUAGGCAGCUCUGGCUUCCUUGCUGCCCUCAGGGCCCUGAGAUUUGCUGAGAUGUCGCUUAAUGCUCAUCUGUACUCUGGCAGUCUGAGCAGGUUGCCCCUUUUGGGUUUGUGGUGAUGGAGGAGAGGCCAAGAGGCACAGACCAAGUCCCUGGGUGGCUGCAGGCAGCUCUAGCCCGAUCCUGAGGAUCCUCCUCACCACGGUUAUGUGCCUUAGUAACUGUGCCCAGGAAGUAGCCUGCUGCAUCGCUGCUUUUCAUACUUCUCCCCUUCCUCCCUUCCUGUGCCCCUCCGCAUGUCAUUGCUGACAAACCACUCCUUGUCUUCCUUGCACCUUGGAGAUCUGGCUGAGAACCGGACUCCCGUGCUCCUGGCCUUACUGCCUGAGGUGGGCUGAUGGGUGCCUAGCAGCCUGGCUCCCAAGGCCCCUUUAGACUGAAGCCUGGAGUACAGGCCCUGUGAGGGAAAGCCCUGGUGAUGGGGGGCAGGGUUGGGGAGCUGCUAUGGCCUUGCAUAGAAUGGAAGCCAGGCUGGGCAGCUGAGCUUUUACCCAACAACUCCCAUCUUCAGAAGACAGUUGUGGCAUUAAGGAAUGUUCGCUUUUGCAUUUUUUUCCCCUGAAGCACUGGGGCUGACCCUGUGCUACACCUGUGCUCCUCUUCUAAGCCUCUCUGGGGUGGUAAAAAGAAUAAAAAGCCCAGUGUUUUUUCAGUACCUGACCUAACAGGGUUAGCUCUAGGCAUGAGUGGCCUCAAAGACGGGACUGGCUUUCUCCCAGCCCACCAUCCUCUGCCUCCACUCUCACAACGCACUUUACUUCCUGCCGCCCUUGUCUUCUUUCCUCUCAGGGUAAGGGCAGUGCCUGAUGGCCACUCCCACAUGUCCCCCAUCCAGACAUCAUGUUUGCUGUGCCCAAAGUCCAGGCAAGCAUGGUUGGUUGGCUAGGGAACAGGUUGCAGAAGGAGCUGGAACUAUUAGGCUGAAACCUGAGGGAGAUGAGACACCUCCCAGUGUUGCUGGCAAAGCUCAUGAGGGUGAGGGAGGGUCUCAAGAACCCCAGCCACUUCACCACACCUGGCUCUCAUUCACCCUCACUAGUGCCCUUUCUUCAGGAAAAGAGCAGAGAGAAGUGGGGAAAUGGGGCUGGAGCUUCAUACAGCUGAACCUUCCACUUUUACUCUACUCUUCCAAAACCUGCACUCUGUUCUAGCAGUUUUGAAAUGGAAGACCCGACCAUUUUCUGUCUCCUUACUCUGGGUUUUGUCUCAGAGUUUGCACUUUCUGUUUCAGGGGUUUUCAGCGACAUAGGUGGCUGACUUGGCCCUGGGUAAAAUAAACAGCCUUCCUUUGCCUGGUGCCUCCUUCCAUCUUGCCAUGCAUUAACCUGCUCUAGGGUUCAAAAGCCCAGGUUCAGCUACCUGCUAAAGAAGUAAGAAGGUGGAACAAGCCAGCCCCACUCCCCACUCCUCCUCCUGUCACUGGCUUUGAGGAGACUGUUCCCUGGGUGCUUACGGGCCUGUGCAGGCAUAGCUGCACUGCUGCUAGCAUCUGUGACAGCUUCUUCCCUUUGUUUCUUUUUCCCUCAGAGCCAUUUCUUAACCACCACCCACCUAAUGCUGUUUCUGGGGCUUUUAGGGAGGGAUUGGGGCUCUACAACUGCCUUGAGGUGGGGCCUGGCUAGAGCCAGUGCCAAUGGCGGGUAGCAGGCUGCUGGGAAAGAGCAGGAGGCAAGAAACUAGCCACAGCCCCGUUUUCCUGGGCUCAUCUCCAAGAGCAUCCUGCAGAAAACUUGUCCAGGAGAGGUGGCUAGCGCCAAAGGACUUUUAUAAAGGUGUGUUUGGGGGGGAGGGUGUUGUUUGGUCUUGUUUUGUUCUUUCCUUGUAUAUCUGAGCUGAUUCAAUGCAGGUUUUAUAUCCUUGUGACUUGCAGUCACAUUCUAUCAACUUUCAAGGGCCAGAAUAUGGUGGAAAACACUUAAAGUUUCCUUCCCUCCCAUGCCUUAGUUUAGCAGAUAGGCUCUAUAUUUUGUCAUUUCUGUAUUUCACGUGCUGUGCUCCUGUUUCACUGGGUGUGAACUGUGAAAUGGGUUGAGUCCUGGCCACUUUGUGAGUGUGUUUGGUUUUAUGAGGCAUUUCAAUGUACAUUCUACAAGCACUCCAUUUGCAAAGAGAAUUUAAGCUAAUACUGUCUUCUGCAUUUAUCUUGCCCUCCUCCUCCCACCCCCAGCUUUAAAGUUCUGUGGAGAAGUUGGGUGGCAAAACAGACAAAGGUAUACUUUUCCUGCUUCACAAGUGGUGGCACAGGGAUAGGUGGUGCUUGGCCUUUUCCCUCCCAACCUCAUUGGCACUCUCAAACCACUGGCACCAUACAUAACAGUGUUGCCUCCAUUUCUGGGGAACAUCCAUACAUACAGAGUGGAAUUUACUGUAGACAUUUCUAGAUCCUUGAUUUUAUUUCUUCUUCUCCUUUCUCAAAGAUCCAAAAGGAACUAGAAAGGAAGUGGGAUACAGGCUUCACAGCUUAAUUCCAGCUGUGCUUGCCAAGGGCAGUGAGACUGGGGGCUUCUCUCAUGGUGCCUGCUGGGUUUCCUGCAGGCCUUGGGGAAUGUUUUGCUUGGCAGAUAUUUAGGCUGAGUGGUAUGGUAGCUGGUUCCCUAGAGAGAGAGGUGGCAGGCUCAGCUUUACUGGGAAGCGGCUCUUAGUUUCCAGUUGAAAAAUCUAAUAGAAUUUUUAACAAACCUCCAGUGUUGAUCCCUACCAAGCAGCAGAGCUAUCCAGAGGGGCUGCCAGGGCCAAGCUCUCAGAUUGCCAAGCAGGAAUGGGAGAUGGUUAUGGUUUGUGAGGUAGCACCCACACCUGCCCUGGUUUCUUAAGGUUAUCACACCACUAUGGGAUCCUUUGCAGAAUGGUACUUGUACGAUGGUUUAAAACAACACAUGCAUAAUUAACUGCAGGAUGUCACUCAAUCAGUUUGGAUUUGCUUUAUUUUAUUUUAUAUAUAUAUAUUUUUUGGUAUCCUGUACAUUGCAGUGGGUGUGAAGAUAGUAUUUUAAUAUUUGUACAAAGUUUAAUUUAAUUUUAAUUGUUCUAUGUAUAUAACUGCAUUUCUAAAUAAUAAUAAUAAAAAUUCUUAUGAAGGCAGUUGUGGAAGAUGUGAUCCUUCCAUGAAACUUUUGCAGAAACUCUAGAUUAAAAAGAGUGAAUGUGGGCCAGAACUCAGGAAGGGGCAAAGCGUUAACUCUGGGGGAGGCUGCCUGGCAGGAGAUGGAGGAGACAGGACCACCAAUGUCAGUGGGAAUCCACUGCCUCUUGUUCCAGUGCUGUGAGGGUGCCAACCACUGAGCACUGAGUGUUCAAGCCGGCCCUCACCAGUGAAAUGAACAUUGUGUUUUGGGCCUACAGGCAAUGUCAGACAGUCCAGGCGGACAGGCAGCUCCAAAAUGUGCCGUGAUUGAUAGAUCAGGGAUAUACAAGGCAGGGCAGGCAGUCAGAGAAUGCCUCUGGAUGAAAUGACAUCGAAGCUGAGAUGUGAAGGGCUAGUGCAGAGACGCUAAGCAGCAGGACACUACCUUUGUGUAGGUGCACAUGGAGCAAAGUCCACAUGUGGUGAAAGAAACCAGGAGCCUAGCAUAUGAGCAGCUAAGGGAAAGUGAGAAAGCCGAGGGAGGAGGUAGGAACUGGAGUGGGGCUUUGUGGCAUUUAAGCCAUGUAGAACAUGUUAAGAAAUGAGUUCACAGAAUAGCAGGUUUUGUUCAUAAGAAAAAUGAGAAGGAAAACCCUAUUUCAAUGACAAGCAAGUCUCUGUCACUGGACACAGGUGCAGGUUAGGAAUGCUGGCCCCAUACAGGCAAGAAAGGAAAGUCCGUGCAAGAGAGACUGUUGAUGAAGGGUCAUCCAUGGGGUUGUCCUCUUGUGAUGACAGGUGAAAAGGAGCAAAGGAAACCAUAGAACCUGCAGAGCCGCCAGGGCAGAGGGCUGUCUGAAGUAUUUGGCUCAGGUAUGGAUGGAUGGUGUGGGUGGAGAGAAAAGGACUCUUCUGCCCCUUGCAGAACCCCCACCUCCCACUUUGUAAAAUAGAGACCUACAGAUAGCAACAAAAGUAGUAACCAUCUCUCAUUAGGUCCUUCUCAGACUACUUAAAAAUAUUUUUACAGACACAGAAGUAAUACAUACCCAUUUCAGAUAAUCUAGAAUGGGAAUUAAAAUAACCCAUAAUGCCACUGCCUACUUUUAAUGUAUAUAUUUUCUCUUCUAUGCCUGUGUAUAUUUUCCUUUUAUAAAUGAUCACUUUCUCCUUUUUGCACAGUAUUUUGAAAUCUCAGAAAGCAUGGUUUGGUGAUGUUUCUCAAAAGAGGAAAUGAAUUUAAUGUGAUUGAAAAACAAAGGUAUAAAAUAUCACUUUAAAAAAUCAUUUUAAUAGUAUUUUAUGUGGUUUUUAAAAGAAUCACCUGUAUCAUUUAAAUGGCUGUAUGUAAUAUUGAUAAUUGGGACUUUUAGAUUAUCAAAAUUCUUUUCUUUCCUUAGGAUAAGGUACUGGAAAUGAAACUGCUGACAAGUUGUCUGAUUUAAUGACUUGAUAUAUCUCAAAUUGCCCACCAAGAAGUUACUCCAAAUUAUGUAUUCAUUAGCAGAAUGGUCAUUCUCUUUCCCACAAUCUCACUAGCACUGGGAAUUGUGAUUUAAAAAAAAAAAAUACACCAGUUGAAA